AUGCCCACGCUCCCAAUAUCUUUCGCCAAUCUUUUCGAAGCCCGAGCUGGUAUGCACGACGUGAUCCAAUGGAUGUGGUUCUGCUCCAAGUCUCUCGAAGGACCCCUGAAGCCCAGUCAAAAGGUCUACCACGACUUCCUGGGCAACAUGGAUCUCUGGCUCGAGGUAUACCGCCGCUCCUUCCCGAAGUUUCAAGACCCGAAGUGGAAGUACUACAAGGCUUCUCUUGCCAUGUUGCUCCAUCAUCGAGCACUACGAUUAGCCUUCUGCGCUGAGGCAUCUCAAGAUCCCUACUUUAUGGACAAGCAUGACGGCGAAAUUGCAGCUAUACUCGACGACGCAGAGCUCAUCCUGCUGGAAGAUCGGCCAAAGGCUGACCUCUCCCACUACGGCUUCUCCAACAUCUGGGAGCACGACUUCAGCAUUGAGCCGCCCUUGCUCAUCAUAUGUGUAUUCUGUCACAAUCCCGCGCUACGUCGGCGGGCUAUCCACUUGAUACGUACACACCACUGCUGGUGGUCGCCGGCAGAGACAAACUACGAUGCCUGCUCUACAGCUCGGAUGUGUGAGCUCAUUGCCGAGAUCGAGGAAGGCACACCUGACACAACGUACAUGACAUCAGCAAAGAACGCUUCGGCCCACCGUCCGUCAAGCAGCACCCCAAAUGUACCUCUACAAAAACGUAUCCGAGCCACAAACGGCAUCAUAAACCGCCCAGGCAAAUUGGCUAUCCAAUAUGCCCGGCUCGUCGACCUGCCGAUCUAUACUGGCAAGCCAUUACCUGAGCCGCUGCUCGUGGCUGAAGUCGACUGGCCGUACUGGGCACCACCUCCAAUUCCGUCGCUGAUGCUCUAUCCGUUCACAGAAAUGGUCAAAUAUGGUGUGUCUCUGGGCUUGCUCCGGCCACUACGCAGCAGUUGCAAUUGCAGGAGCCUUGGUGGUGCUGGGAGUGAGAUGUGGAAGGAGCCGGCUUAG